CAUUCAUUCCUAAUUUUUGUUAUCUCACAACAAUAGAAAUUUUUGAUUUACAGUUCCAGAUGGUAUUGGAAUUAAAAAGGAAGGACAAAGAGUUUUAGUGCAGUGAUUAUCCAUUUAAAUCUUGUGCGUGUGGACUCUCAUUAUGUGAAUAUUUCAAUCUAAAAUUGUGUGGUUCGUGAUUGUUACACCGAAAAUGUCUCGAUUUACAACAGACUCGUACUUCUACACAUCAUUAGCGAACGCCUCCAAUGGAACCGACGAGGGCUGCAUGCUGGUCAACUCGUCGCAGAGCGUGAUAAUAACCGGAGCUUACAAUGGUAUACCUCAAACGCUGAUUUUGAACUUAAUAAGCUGGACAUGCCUGAUCCUGCUGUUCAGCAUCCUGCGGCGCACGGCGUGGAACUACGGGCGCAUGGCGCUGGUGCAGCGCUCCAAGAGCCGCUGGACCAACAUCUUCUUCCGCGACGCGGACGGCGACGCGUUGGUGGAGCGGCGGCGCAGCGACGACGACUCGCUGCACAUUGACGAGGGCUUCUUCACCUGGCUGCCGGCCGUGUUCCGCGUGUCCCGCGACCAGGUGCUGGCCAAGUGCGGCCCAGACGCUGUGCACUACCUCUCCUUCCAGCGACACCUCAUCACACUUAUGUUCAUUAUAACAUUGGUAUCAAUCGGCAUCAUCCUGCCAAUUAACUUCCAAGGUACUAACUUGAAUGUAGAUGCAAGCACUUUUAGUAGGACAACCUUGUCUAACUUAAAUGGAACAUCUUACUGGCUGUGGGUGCACACGCUAAUCAGCAUUUCAUUUCUGCCGCUGUCUGUUCUCAUCAUGAGAAGGUGUACUGGAAGGAAGCCCGCACCCCCAUCCAUGACUGGAACUAUUAUGAUCACCAAUAUAUCGCGAUCAGACAGAAAUGAGGCAACUAUCAGAGCAUACUUUGCACAUAACUUCCCCCAUAUUCAGAUUGUUGACCUGCGCCUGGCAUAUAAUGUCAACCAAUUAAUUGAGGUGCAGGAGCAAAAAGAAAUGGUAACAGAGGCCUUAGUUUAUUCGGACACAUACUUUAAGAAGACUGGAAAGCGAAUAACUGUGCGGCCUAAGUGGUGCGGUCCGGAACUGGAUGCCUUGGAGUUUUAUACAAGUGAAGAGAAAAGACUGAAAGAUGAAGCCAAGAGAUGCCGUGCCAUGGUAAUGAAUGACCCCUUGGGCAUUGCUUUCUUGACGUUGCCCUCGUACCAGCUGGCGGAGCAUGUGAUCAACCACUUCAGCCUGCACCGCGGCUGGGUGCUGCAGCACGCCACCAACCCCUCCGACAUCGUCUGGGAGCACCUCAGCGUCAAGCAAGGAGUCUGGUACAUCAAGGCCAUUGCCGUCAACUUCUUUCUAUUCUUAGUUCUGUUCUUCCUAACAACCCCCGCCAUUAUAGUCAAUUUAUUCAAUACUCUAGUAGCCAAGCCUGAAGCCAUGAGCAAGGUCAGCUCGAUUAUCUUUGAGUUUCUGCCGACGCUGCUGCUGUGGACGAUGGCGGCCGUCAUGCCGGCGAUCGUUUCAUUCUCUGACAAGUUCUUAUCCCACUGGACCAAGUCACAGCAGAACUUCUCCAUCAUGACGAAGUCUGUCUCUUUCCUCCUGCUCAUGACUCUCAUCUUGCCGUCUCUGGGGCUGGCCAGCGCGGAGGCCUUCGUGCGCUGGACGCUGCACCACGAGAACGACACCAUGCGCUGGGACUGCGUGUUCCUGCCCGACAAGGGAGCCUUCUUCGUCAACUACGUCAUCACUUCCGGCUUCAUCGGGACCUCCUUGGAACUCAUUCGCUUCCCCGAACUGUUCCUCUACGUCUGGUACCUACUACAGUCGAAAUCGAAAGCCGAAAAGAGUUACGUAAAGAAGGCCAUUCUGUACGAAUUUCCAUUCGGUGUUCACUAUGCGUGGAGCAUUGCGAUAUUCUCCAUUUCGAUUGUGUACAGUCUCGCCUGCCCGCUGGUCGCGCCUUUCGGUUUGAUUUACCUAAUGUUCAAGCAUAUCGGGGAUAAGCACAACUUGUUCUUCGCGUACGGGCCGAGCGACAUGAGCGGGGUGGGGGGCGGGAGGAUCCACUCCACCGCGGUGCGGAUGAUUCGCAUAUCGGUUUUGUUGCUGUUGAUAAAUAUGGCGGCUUGGGCGGGGCUGCGGGCGGGCUUCGAGGCGCGGACGGUUAUACUGAUCAUGGCAUCAAUAGUGGCGUUCGGGACGUUUCUGCUGCUGAGUCCGUUCCCGAGCUGCACGCCGCCGCUGCCGCUGCAGGAGAGCUCGAGCGUGCGCUUCCACGAGUACGUGGCCCCCGUGCUGAUGAAGCCGCUCGAGAGCCCGCAGUCGCCGCCCGCCACGCCCGACUACGGCGCCUCCUCGCCAACUAACAACCACACCUACAACCCCGAACCCAUCAACAUAUAGACUCCACAUCCGUCGAUAACAGAACUUCUGGAAUCUAUGAUGAUGAUGAUGAUAGGUGUUUUGAGAAUUAAUAGCACAGCGUGUUAAAUAACAGUGACGACGAUCGAUCGAGUUGCGUGAAUCACGCUCGCUGUGUCUGAUUUACGAGGCAUUUGUUCCACGCAUAUCAUUUUUGGGUCUGCGUAACAACUCAAUACUAGUACUGUUUUAUGCUGUGUUAGUAAUAUACCAUUAUCAAAGGCGAUAAUGUCCCUAGCUCUCGAUCACGUAAAAAAAUAAAAGGAUUAUCUUGUACAUAAAAUAUUUUAUCGUCCUUUUACCUAUAGGUAGGUAGGUACUUUGAGUUUGUCAUUAUUAUAAUUAUGUGAUUUCAUUAUCGGCUUUAUUAUUUAUACUAGGUUUGAUAUGAGUCACAGAAAUUAGUACAGUAGUGCAUGUAGCUCUACGUACCUUAUACAUCUCUACAGAUCAUAAUCAAAAUAGUUAAACACCUCAUAAAAUGUGUUAAUACUGUAUCUAUUGCUUUUACGAUCUUCUUGGCUUAUUUAUACUCAUUUAGUAUACCUCUAUGUAUUUUUGUAUCUAAGAUUAACCAGGCAGGUACGUAAAUAACAUGUUAAUUUAAAAGAUUCUUAACAAGGUUGUUUUAACGUAGUCUCUAUCUAAUACAGCCCAUAGGUAGAUGUAAAUUUGUUCGGCCUAGUUAUUAUAUGGACAGUCUGCUGUUAGCUAAAUCAAUACAUAAAUGACGCAUCGUUUAUAUUUAUCUAUGUGUCUCUACGUUAACACGUGCAUAACAAAAUUUUAGAAGGUUUCCUAGCUUUGAUGUUAUUUACCUUAUUUGUGUUUGUAUAAUGUUUAAGCUGUAAACACAUACCAAUUUUUCUCGACUGUAAAAUCAAUUAUAAUUAUCGUUUACUUUACGUUGUAUACCUAGUACCUACCUUACAGACUUUUACAGUGGGGUUCACGUCACACUAUAAAUGAAAUUAGUACCUAUAUUGGCAACUGCUUGCAGUAGUCAUUAGCUAACUGUUAUUAGUGGAUAGGUACCUAAAAUUAUAUUCUAGCUAAGUACCAAUACUAAUGUACUUAACUAUAUAUUUUUUUCAAACCAGUUAAUAAAAUUACACCAUGAUUAAUAUUUCAAACGAUCUUUUAUACGUACUACUGCGUACGCAUCUUGGAUACCAUCUACGAUGUAGCUAAUCAACUUUAAAUUCAUUUUUAAGUUUCUAUAAGCAGGUAUUUAAUCGCAUUGAACCACUAUAGUCGACCUUAUGCAUUGCGCAAUACGAUUUGUAACGGUCAUGAUUAAUAUAAUAUUGGAUAUUUGGCUUCAAUCAAGUUUUUGUUCGAUUAAGUAGCUAUGUAAACUUUUUCAUAAAUUUUGGUAGUUACUACUCAAAAAAAGUAGUAGGUCUUCAUUAUGUAACCUAAUUGGGCUAUUUCGGUCUAACCAGUUAUUGAUUCCUUCUUUUCUAAUAGGCUUAUGCCAGUACUGUGGGAGACAUGUGAAGAUAGCUCUUACGGACAUAUUUAAAAUGUUGCCAUUUUGCCAACGAUAAACCUGUGCCCCACAGUACUAGGUGCCUACUUAAAUAUUUUAAUUUGUGAUGUAAUCUGGUUUAAAUUCUUAUGCAGCUUUUUGUGUUGAUCUUUUUUAUAUUGCAUUCCAACUGGCAUCAUGAAUCAUUAUCAAUUUUAAUUGAUCUAAUGAAAUUCGUAAGUUUAAGAAACAGAAAUGUUAUUUUUGUACCUGAUGUGAUGGGGUGGGUUUUGGGUAUGCCAUUUAUACCUACUGUUCUUCAGUAUUUUUUGUUUAUAAUCCUUCGUCUGAAUGUUCAGCAAAUCAUAUGUAUACCAGUAGUUUUACAUACUUAACACUUAUGCGUUUAGUCCGAGAGCUGUGGCCUCCUAAUUACAUGGUUGAUGUUAAAGUAACUGACCCUCCCUCUUGCCU